AUGGAUGACAGUGAUAAAUCCGUGCUUGAGCACCUCGACUUGCAGCAGCUUACGUGCCUCAAUGAGGACGAGGAGCACACCUUCAAGUCCAUCGUCUCCAACAGGGCGAAAAACACGAGUGGCGGCACAUACCUGCUGAGCGAUGUUGACGAGCAGCUGCUCCUGAACAUCACAUUCAACCAAACCGUGCGGAUACGGUCGAUUGCCAUCCAGGCGUCGAGUGUGGCACAGGCCCCUCGAAAAAUCAAACUCUUGAUCAACCGCCCUACGAUCGGAUUCGAUGAUUUUUCCGACGGCGAGUUCACCCAGGAGUUUGAGUUGACCGAGGACCAAGUGCAGGAGGGAAAGCGGGUCCCGCUGAGAUACGUCCGGUUCCAGGCAGUAAAUGCUCUGCAUAUCUUCGUUGAAUCCAACCAUGGAGGCGAAGACCAGACGCGGAUUGACGCGAUCGAUGUUUACGGGACAGCUGUAAUAGGGACGAGGGAUCUCAGCGGUCUCAAGAAAGCGGACGACGAAUAG